AUGGCUCCUCUGUUUUCCGUCAUCCUCCUCUUCAUCAUCAUCAUCUGUGAUUCCCCGUUGGCACACUCUCGCACCACACCCCAUCACAUACCCAAAACCACGUUCCUCGAUGUCACUGCCUCCAUUCAAAAAACCCUUCAAGUUCUCGACUUCAACCACCACAAACAACAAGAGCAACUCAGUUCUACGCCAUCAUCAAAGCUCUCUCUGCAACUUCAUUCUCGAGCAUCACUUCAGAAGCCAACACACCGCGACUACAAGUCCCUCACUUUAUCCCGACUCGAGCGCGACUCAGCCCGAGUCACGACCCUCCUAACUCGUUCACAAUCCUUCAGCGUCUCGGAACUUGAGGGACCCAUCGUCUCCGGAACGAGUCAGGGAAGCGGCGAGUACUUCUCCCGAGUCGGAAUCGGCGAGCCACCGAAUCCUGUCUACAUGGUCCUCGACACUGGCAGCGACAUCAGCUGGGUGCAAUGUUCACCCUGCUCCGGUUGCUACCGCCAAUCCGACCCGAUAUUCGACCCGAACUCAUCCUCUUCCUUUCACCCACUCUCCUGCGACUCAACUCACUGCCAAUUGCUCGACGAAUCUCAGUGUCUCAACGGCAACUGCCUCUACGAAGUCUCCUAUGGCGAUGGUUCCUAUACCGUCGGUGAAUUCGUCACCGAAACCAUCAGCAUUGGCCAAAGCUCCGUCACAAACAUCGCCAUCGGCUGCGGCCACAACAACCAAGGCUUGUUCAUCGGCGCAGCAGGGUUGCUUGGACUCGGUGGUGGAACCCUAUCUUUUCCGGCUCAGCUGAAUUCGACGUCGUUUUCAUACUGCCUCGUGGAUCGCGACUCUGACAAGGUCUCUACUCUCGAGUUUGACACACCGUUCCCUAGGAAUGCCGUCACCGCGCCGUUACGCCGCAACUCUGAGUUCGAGACAUUCUACUACGUAGGGCUCCAAGGGAUCGGUGUGGGAGGCGAGCUGCUUCCGAUUCCAGAAUCGUUAUUUGCGGCGGAUCCGGCGGGGGGUAUCGGAGGGGUGAUCAUUGAUUCGGGGACGGCGGUGACGCGGUUACGGAGGGAGGUGUAUGAGUGGCUGAGAAGGGCGUUUUUAAGUGGGACUCAGGGGUUGGCGAUGGCUAGAGGGGUGUCGUUGUUUGACACGUGCUACGACAUGUCGUCGAUGGGCAGUGUGGAGGUUCCGACGGUGUCGUUUCAUUUUGAAGGUGGGAUGGUCUUGACCUUGGAUGCUAACAGUUACCUGAUACCGGUUGACUCCGUUGGCACCUUCUGCUUUGCGUUCGCUCCAACGAACUCGCCGCUGUCCAUCAUUGGGAAUGUUCAGCAGCAGGGGACUCGUGUCAGUUUCGAUCUCGCUAAUUCCCUCGUUGGCUUCUCUGCUAACAGUUGCUGA